AUGUCGUUGGGAUUAGGCGACAAGGGUGAGAAGAGCCAAAUUUCUCCCAAGCCAUGGCACUCCACAAACCCAUGGGGAGCAAAGGUCAGACCGCCAGGCGCACUCUAUCUACCGCCCGCUGCUCACGCUAGCCACGCUGCUCAAAUCUCGGCGCCCCAGUCAUUGUCGGCUGCUGUCAGGGCCCGGAAGAACGAGUAUAUCCGGAAGAAGACCAUUAAAAUCAAAGUCGGCACCUGGAAUGUCGCUUCCAUCAGUGGUACUGAAAAGGACCUGGGUGCCUGGUUCAUUGGGGGACUAGGGGUUAAAGGACUAUCGCAGGAUUUAGCCGGCCUUGGGUUUGACGACGAUGAUGGCGAUGAUUCUGACAGCGAACGAAAUAUUGAGUCUGUCGAGGCACAGGAAGCACGUUUCGCGAAGAAGAAGACAACAAUGCCGAAGGAUGAUGUCCCUGCAGAGCCCAGUGGUGAACAGGUUGACCUGUACGUGCUAGGUCUGCAAGAGGUCGUUGACGUGUCUUCCAUGACCGAGGCUAUCAAGCCUUACACUGAUCCAAAUCCCGGGAAAAAGUGGAAAAGGUCUCUGAAACGUGCACUACCGCCUGGAUAUAUAAAAGUUGCAGAAGAGCAACUUCUGGGUUUGCUCAUUCUGAUCUAUGCCUCUCCAGAACUUGCUCCAACCAUCAGUUCAGUGAGUACCACAUCCGUGGGAACCGGCCUGAUGGGUUAUUUGGGCAACAAAGGUGCGGUCUCCGCCAGGAUUAUGCUGGGAGAGACCACGAAACUCUGCUUUAUCAACUGCCAUCUCGCUGCUGGAGCAGACCCAACAGCCUUGAUCCGUCGGAUAUGGGACACGACACAAAUUUUGAACAAAACACGGUUCGCACCCGUCAGUCCGGAUGGAGAAGUAGCAGAGAUCACAGAAGAAAAAAUUGGUGACGAGGACUUUGCAUUCUGGUUUGGCGACUUGAACUAUCGUCUAGACGAUAUCCCUGGAGAAGAUGUUCGCAGAUUAUUGCUCCUGCAUACUCGAAAUGAGUACGACAUCGAGAAUAGGUCUAAGCGACGAAUCGACAGUGAACUAGGAUAUGUCGAUCCACACCCGAGCGAUACAGUACACCCACAACAGACUCAUUAUGAAUAUAAAGAUGCUGAGAGGCCGGCCAUUCAUAGCGAAGCUGAGCCGGCGCUUGAUCCAAGGUCCGAUCCUGCCUCACUUCUUACCACUAUCCAAUCUCUGCUGGCACACGAUCAGCUGCGCAAUCAGCAGAGAAUGCACAAAAUAUUCCAUGAAGGUUGGCGUGAGGGAGAGAUCACGUUCCUGCCCACAUACAAAUACGACGUUGGAAGUGUGGGCAUGUUCGACUCGGGAGAAAAGAAACGAAGCCCUAGCUGGUGUGACAGAAUUCUUUAUAGGACUCGUCGGGACAAAGAGAUGUACGAAGAGAAGAUGAGACAACUCACAGACUCACGCAAAAAAGACGCGUCCAUGAAAGCGCGGGGCAUUGAUGAAGCUACUGCUGAACACGACGUUUUGUUUGAUUACGAUCCAGAAACUGACGGACUAGCAUAUGGUGAUGAUUACGACGAAUAUGAUGACCAACAAGACGCAUGUCAUGAUGCUGAAUUGGUCAAGACUCAUGAAGACUAUGGCGAUACGAUCGAAAUCAACAACUACAUUUCGCAUCAAAGAGUGUUGUCAUCAGAUCACAAGCCGCUCAAUGCCGUCUUCACCCUCACCUACGAUGCAGUGGUACCGGAGUUGAAGGCAAAGGUACAUCAGCAUGUUGCUAGAGGACUAGACAAGGCUGAAAACGAGAACCGUCCUACGGUGACUGUGGUAGUGGACCACCACGCUGACGAACGAAUACCAAACGCUGACGGUCCGGCAGACAUGAAUGCCGUACUCUUUGGCGAGAUCCGCUAUGCCGUAAAGAAGACGCGGCUCAUCACCAUUGCCAACACGGGACAGAUUGCUGCUUCCUUCUCAUUUGUCGAGCGGCCUGCAGAACCCGGACAAGAAGCAGGUGUUGCACCACGCUGGCUACAACUUAUGACUGAUCCACAUGAGGUCCAAACAACAACUGUGAAGGCUCCAAUGGAGUUGUCGCCUGGUGAAUCGUGCAGCAUCGGACUAUCUGUCGACAUUGCCGAUGGGGAGCUUGUAUCUGAACUCAACGAAGGACGCGCCCGGUUGGAAGACAUCUUGGUGCUCCGACUCGAAAAUGGCAGAGACCAUUUCAUUCCGGUCAAAGGCAUCUGGCUGCAGUCAGCUUUUUAUCGCAAUCUCGACCAACUAGUACUGGCACCAGAAGGUGGCGUCCGUAAUAUGCACGUUGAAGACCUUGCCAACGAGAGCGGUCAAGCUUCCAUGAGUCAUCAUUCUGCACCCAAAGAAUUAUAUGCCCUCACCGAAGUCAUCCCUGUCUACGUUGUAAGAUCGAUUGCGGAAUGGAGCAUGAUCCAUGAUGAAGACAUUCCGCCCUGGCAGUACGCGACAGUGGGCAUAACGUGGCCAUUCACCCGUGAUACCUGGACUUUACAUGAAGACGAUGAGCGUUCGGACCUCUUGGCUAGCAUCCGAGAGGCGCUGGACACCGCAAGCCCUCUCGACACCCAUUUUGAGGCAGAGGCCUCAUGCAUUGUCCGGUUAGAAACACUCGCCGAGACCUUGACAGAAUUUCUUCGAUCCCUUCGGGAUGGGAUAGUGUCCGCUAGCUCAUGGGCGGAAGUGGAACGUUCGUUGAGCGCCAUGGAGAAGGGCAAAGUCCAACCCAGCUCACAAGAAAUCCAGGAUAUGGUCAUGGAAGCGCUAUCCCCAUAUCCGGUCCACAGCGUAUCAUUCACUUUCAUCACUUUUCUGUUGACACGGAUUGUCAAUGAACUGGCCCCAUGUGGCGCACCAGCUUCCACACCCGGUGAGCUACCGCCGGCUUCGCCAAAUCCCUCGAGACGGUCGAGGACGUCCACGAUGUCAACCGACUCAGAGCAAGCUCCUUCGAUAUACUCACAAGUAGUGUCACCACAGAAGAAGAGUUUUUUCCCUGCUUUCCGGGGUCGUCGAACGCAAAGUGUUUCAGCGUCGUCAAUGGAUGGAACAGACGCCGAGCCUGCCCAUGCUGAACGAAGGAAGCAACUGAUCAGCGCGUAUGCCGAUAUAUUUGCGCCAAUUGUGAUCCGGUCACAAAGUGAUGCUACUGUCAAGGGCAAAGACAAAAGGGCCUUGGAGUCCCGAAAGAAGAGAGUGCUGGAAGCAUUUCUCCAAACCAGAUAG